AACUAAUGUGCCUACCGCAACACCUGCCCCUGUCGUGUCUUCUGCAUCAAGCCAGAGCCCCAGCCACGCUCCCCAAAACGAGCAAGUUUCUAACGCAGAGCGAGGAGCGCUGCAUGCUCUGCUUAGAGGUAUUCACCAUCUGUGCGAGUGCUUUGGGAUUCCCUACAUGGUUGCUCAAGGCACGUUACUUGGUGCGAUGCGGCACCAUUCUCUAGUGCCAUGGACCGGCGAUGCUGAGGUUGCAGUCGAUUACAGCUACAUACCCUAUCUCUUCGUUCUCUCCCUACUGCAGACAAGCC